ACAAAGACAAUCGACAGGGUGCCACGAAAGUCUGGGGCAUGAAAAAUGGCUUGCCUACAGGCAUGUUGUACUUGGAUCGUCAAUAUCUUGUGCCUGCCCCUUCAUCUGAUCCAAGCCGCGGGCCUGUAUGAAAUAUACAAACGUUUCUUCCCAAGUAUUUUGUACCGGUGUUCUAUAAUGUACAACAAGAAAAUGUACGACAAGAAGAAGGAGCUGUUUCGCAAUCUCUCCGAGUUCAACAAGCCUGGCGGGCAGCUCACAAUUUUGGAGAUCGGCUGCGGCACCGGCACAAAUUUUGAGUUUUAUCCGCCCGGUUGCAAGGUGAUCUGCACUGACCCGAAUCCUCAUUUCCAGAAAUAUCUCAAGAAAAGCAUGGGCGAGAACGACCGGCUCUCAUACGAGAGAUUUAUGGUGUCAUCGGGGGAGGACAUGGGGUCAGUUGAGAGCGAAUCGGUAGACGUUGUUGUCUGCACCCUGGUACUCUGCUCUGUCAACAACAUACCGCAAACUCUGCGAGAGGUUCGCCGCAUGCUGAGACCAGGUGGAGCCUUCUUUUUCCUGGAGCAUGUCGUUGCAGAUCCCUCAACUUGGGCAUACUUCUUCCAGCAUGUACUUCAGCCUUUUUGGUUCUACUUUGGGGAUGGAUGUGAGGUCAUCCGAGAAACCUGGAAACAUCUGGAGGAAGCUGGAUUCACUGAACUCAAGCUGAGACACAUCGAUGCACCAUUGCUGUUCCUAAUCAAACCACACAUUGUAGGUUAUGCCGUCAAAUAAAUGAUUAUUGCAUAUUGUUGGGUUGUACUCCACAACAAAAUAAAACCUUAAUGCUGUAAUAAAAUGCUCUAUAAUAAGAAUAAGCAAAGCACUUAAAGCCUCUCCUCUCUUGUGUGAUAUGAUUGAUCAGCACCAGUGAGAAAUAAUGCCAGUUCCUCUAAUACUAACUUUAUUUUAGUAUUGGAAAAACCCUAUAUUCUUCGUGUUUUGUAAAGCCACAUUAUUUUCACACAUUGACUAAACCAUUAAAUAGGCAGCAUACCGUACUCAUUUCAUAUGCAGUUUAAGUGAAACAUGUAUUUGUUUGAUGUUCUAUUUGUCAUUUCCCAUCUCCAAAAUUGAUAAAUCAAUGAUACAGCCAUGGAGAUUAUCUGUCCUUCAGUGUGUCCUUAUAUGUGUGCUACUGUUGGAUUAAUUUGCAUUUUCAAGACAUGACAAUAUAUGUGUUUGCUGUUAUCAAACUAAUUGUGUUGUGUCUUAAUGGUGACGAUUAAAUUUGAUCCUGCUGCAUGA